GUCCGAUCCAUCCUGUCCUAAAAGAAUCUUGGAAACAUAAUCCUUCUUUACUACAGAUACAGGCACGAACCAGCCAGCCACUGAACAUGACUUUUGAUACACGCAAAGAGGCCGAAGAUGCUGUGAAGUCAUGGGGCUUCUCCCAUGUCUUCACCUGGACCGACGGGCCCAAUGCUCACUAUCCCUCACAUACGCAUCCGGGUGCUACAACGCAUCUCAUUUUGAGAGGUUCCUUGACGAUGACCUAUCCGGAUGACCCGAAUCCAAAGAAAGAGACUUUGGGUGCCGGCGCCCGGUGGGAUGUAGACGCCAGAAAACUUCACGAAGUCUGGAUUGGUGAUGAAGGAUGUACGUACGUUAUCGGUGAAUAGGCAGGUUAUUCAAUCAUCAGAACACCAAAACUCUACAAGCAGUUCAAAUCUGCACACGUGACGGCGUGACCCGAACAAUGACGCCAUCGAGUUGCGGUAAGUGCUUGAUAAGUGCGUUGCUACUACUAGCGAUAUGCCAUUGAUCAAGCAUUGCAGUUCUCACAUGGAGUAUCUACCAGG